AAACUGCCGUUGGAGUGGGGGCGCAGGCUACACAUUGUAAAGGAAAAUGACUUCAAGUGGAAAACUUCAAAAGAACCACCAGAGGUCAAAUGAGAAUAUUAAGACAUUCUUGGCACCAUCUCAGAAGAAGAUGGAAUUCAACAGGAAGAGCCUGCAGAUCCUCCAGCCAUCAGCAGCGAACACGGACUUGAGGGCCGCUCAGGCCGGGAAGGGGAUUCCUAAGCGCAAACAAUGGCUGGCUGAACAAAUGAGAGGUCCCAAGAGAGUGAAGGUAGAGGUCAAAUCCACACAAACGGAAGAUGAUUCUUUACCACCUGAUGGUGUUUCCAGUGAAGCUUAUGAUCUCAUGAUCAAAGAAACGCCUCCUGCCUCUUAUUGGAAAGAGAUUGCAGAGGAGCGCAGAAAAGCCUUGUUCAAUGUCCUCCAGGAGAAUGAGAAAUUGCACAAAGACCUAGAGGUGAGAGAUGAACAAAUCAGAAAACUUCAGAGUGAAAAUGAAGACUUGCAGGAGCUUGCACAACACGUUCAGUACAUGGCUGAUAUGAUUGAGAGGCUGACUGGAAAGUGUCCUGAUAACCUGGAUGAACUGAAGGGCAUAACUCUGGAUGUGGUUGACAGUUAUGAGCACGCCGAGGGUGAAGCUGAAGAUCACAGUGGAGAAGAGGGUGAUCAGGAUUUAAGAGAUGGACACGACUAUGAUGAAGUGUCUGAUAAUGACUGGGAGGGACCUUCAGGGAAACUGGGUUAAACAUGUUUUAUUUUUUUUUUGUUUUUUUUACUUUCUUGGCUUUAUUUAAAACAUUUUUUUUCCC